UAAUGAGUAAUAAAACAGUAUUUUCCUUAUUAUUAUAUUAUAAAAUCGUACAUAUUCUGCAUGUAUCAUUGACGCUAUAAAAUUUUGGUUACUUAGCAACUAAUCUGACAAAACACUGUAUAACUUCACGUUGGAAUUAUGUAGUUGUCUGUACGUUUAUUAAUGAAAUUAUAAAAUAAAGAUCGAUAUUUUAAAGUAAUAAUUGAUAUUGGUAUACUUUAUCAUCUAUUUUUAUAAAUUUUUAUUGAUAAUCAUCGAAAUUGAUGACAAGAUAGAUAUCCAUUUUCCUGAUAUCCAAUUCUCGUGAUACUUUAUUCUUCUGAUUUUAAUUUUUUAUAAAAAUGGGACCUAAAAAAGCAAAAGUACCUGCUACUGUUGAUGGUGUAGAUACGUCGAAAAUGAAUAGAGAACAAUUAGAAGUUUAUGCACACAAGAUACUUGAAGAAAUGGAGCGUGAACGAGAGGAAAGAAAUUUUUUUCAACUUGAAAGAGAUAAGAUUAGAACUUUUUGGGAAAUUACAAGACAUCAAUUAGAUGAAGCGCAGGCAACUGUCAGAAAUAAAGAACAUGAAAAAGAAGAAUUAUCAGAAAAACAUGAAGCAGAGCUCAAAUUAUAUAAACAGAAAGUAAAACAUUUAAUGUAUGAGCAUCAAACUAAUUUGUCGGAAACUAAAGCUGAACAUAUGGUUGCUCUUAAAAUGGCCCAAGAUGAUCAUACUCUUCAAGAAAAUGAAUUGAUUAAAGAUAAGAGAGAAUUAAAAAGAUUGCAAAAAGAACAAGAUUUGGCUCAUAUAAAUGAAAUAAAGGCAUUAAAAUUGCAACAUGCAGAAGAAACAGAUAAGCUGAUAAAACAGUUUGAAACUGAAGCCCAAGAAUUGGAACAAAAAUAUGAACAAAAGUUGACGAGUCAAUAUGAAUCCCUUACUUUAAAACAUAGAAUGGAAAUAACUGAAGUAGAAGAAAGAAAAAAUACACAAAUUGCAAAUUUGAUAAAAAACCAUGAAGUUGCAUUUGCAGAAAUGAAAACUUAUUAUAAUGACAUUACUCUUAACAAUUUGUCUUUGAUAAAGAGUAUGAAGGACCAAAUGGAUGAAAUGAGAAGUAAUGAAGAGCGUAUGAAAAAACAAGUACGAGAGUUAACUAUAGAAAAUAAAAAAUAUUCUACUGAUAUAAAGUCAUAUGAAGAAUCCUUAGCAAAUUACACUCGCCAACUUGCAAAUUAUGGUAAAGAUAAACAAAACUUAAUUAGUACUAAAAAAAGAUUAGUAACAGCUACAAAAGAGUUAGAGAACUUAAAAUGGGAAAACGAAGUAUUAGAAGUACGUUUUGAAAAGUGUCAGUCUGAAAGAAACGAAUUACAUUCAAGAUUUGUCUCAGCAAUACUUGAGCUCCAACAGAAGACAGGUUUAAAGAACAUUCUUUUAGAAAAGAAACUUGAGAAACUAUCGGAUUUAUUAGAACAGCGUGAAGCACAGAUCAGCGAAGUACUUACUGCUGCUCAACUAGAUCCAAUGGCCGUUAUUAAUGCUAAUAAAAAAUUAGAGAAUCUAUUGAAUAGAAAAAACAGUGCCAUACAAGAUCUACAAUAUGAAUUAGCAAAAGUUUGCAAAGCGCAUGACGAUUUACUUCGAACGUAUGAAACUAAAUUACAAGAAUAUGGGAUUCCAAAGAGUGAACUUGGCUUUCAACCAUUGAGAGUAAAAGGAAUACCUACAAAGUUAGGAAUGGGGCCAGCUGGUCUUGUUACAUUAAAUCACUAGUCUACUAAGAUUUUAAUUUUUUUAUUUUUGACUGAUCAUACAGUACACUUUCACUAACAAUUAGUGAAAUGUAAAGAUAAUAAAAUCAGAUUAAUGCAGAAAAA